AUGCACACCCCCUCCUCAACCUGUAUCCUGUACACCUCCCCAUUAGAUCCCGAAAAACAUCUACAAAUUUUCUGUGAAGCAGUUAGGGAGAGAUUUGUAGAUGCUGGGUUUGUGGUGGCUGAGAAGAAGAGGGAAAGGGAUUUAUUGUUGCAUGCGACGAUUAUGAAUACGAUUUAUGUUCCUCGAGGGUAUGGGAAGAGGGAGAGGGAUAGUUUUGGAAGUAGGACUGGAAAUGCAACUAAAACCGGAACUGGAGAUGAAAAAGACAUCAAGAAACUCAGCGAACAAAACCAAAAAUCCCCCAAACUUCCCAAUCCCCUCAACACAAACCCCAAAAAUCAAAAACAAACCCAAAAACCACACCAACACCAACGUCUAAAAUUCGACGCCCGAGAAAUCCUCUCUCGAUAUGCCGAUUUCACAUGGAUGAGCGAUGUACAAAUUGAAAAGGUAGCUUUAUGUAAGAUGGGGGCGAAAAAGAAGAAGAAGGGGGAUGGGGAUGAGGAUGGGGAUGAAGAGUAUGAGGUGGAGGCUGAGGUUGAGAUACCUUGGGGUUGA